AUGGAAAGGUUCCACGAGGAGAGAUAUCUUGCUCAGUACUCCAUGUCUCUUACAAUUAAACCGGACGUAGUUGGCAAAAUAACAACUCAACAGGUGGCCUGUCUUCGUCCUGUUCGAAAUGAAAGAGUUGGCGCGUUUAAACUGCAUUCAUUUACUGUAAACAUGUGGGGAGAGUUGAGUUGCAGUGGAGCAAGUGAUUUAUGCAAACUCCUGAUAGCAUCAAGAGUUUCCUGUGUUAAUUUGAAUAUCCACGGACGAGUAACAGAUAGUGUUGCUACCUGUUUGGCUGAGAACUUUGACAAAGUUAACUCAUGCCCACUGUCCGACUUAAGUAUCAACAUUCGGGGAGAGUUGACGAGAGAUGGAAACAGCAUCCUUCAAUCACUUAAAUGCAGUCAAACAUUUGCCUUUACUUUAAAUGUCCAAGACGUGAAUGUAGUUGACAAAAGAUGCGAUGAAGUUAAGUUAUAUGGAGUCGAUUCUUCGUCAUUAAAAGAAGCGUUUACAAAAUUCGAGUCUAUCUGCUCGCGUGUAAGUAAAUUGAGUCUGAACUUGGAUAAUCCCAGUAACUCAAGUGAAGUGGACUGGGGAUGUAGUGCUGGCGACGUUUUGGCGAAAUUCGUGUCACUUGCCACAUUAAGCCUCUCAUUCAACCAGUACGAUGGCUGGAAGAAAGGCAGUUUGGGUGGUCUGUGGAGUGGUGUGGCACAGAACACGUCAAUAACUACGCUGAGUAUUACAGUCAACAACUACAAUAGGGAAUUCACAGGCUGGUGGAUACGUGGUCUGUGGGAUAGUUUGAAUCGAAACACGUCAAUAACCACGCUGAUUAUUACAUUCAACAUCUACAGUGAAGUCAAUUGGGACUGGGACAAUGAGCUGUGUGGUUGUUUGAAAGAAAACACAUCAGUGACCGCCCUGAGUAUUACAGAGAACUUCUACUGGGACGUGUAUGCCGAUAACUACUUUCCUGGUUGGUGGCGAAACAUGUCAUUGGUAAACACGUCAUUAACCACGCUCAGUAUUAUGGUCAACACCUACAAGAAAAUAUACGAAUCGUGGGUGCCGUUCGGUUUGCAUCAAAACAUGUCAAUAACAACGCUAAAUAUUUCAGUCAAUAACUGCGGUGAGAUGAGUAAACACUGUGUGGACCCUCUGUUUGUUUUUUUAUCAGAAAACACGUCACUUGCCACAUUGAAUCUUACACUUAACUACCACAGCAACUCGUAUGAAUGCUAUAAAGACUGGAUACACAAAUUAAAUGAAGCUUUGGAAAUGAAAGAAUCACCAAUCAGAAUUUGUCUUGAAGUGAAUGUGUUCAGUGAGAGAAAUUAA